UCAUCCACACACCCACGUGGAUAUGAAAAACCAUAAAUUUCUGCAUUUAUUUCAACUUUUGAAAAUUUUGGGGAAACAAACCCUUACUGUCAAAUUACUGUGGCGACACAUUUCUGAGUUCUCCAUGGUCUCUUAUGAGCAUUCGCCAAUUUUACCAUGUCGAUGGAUAGGGAAGGGAGAAGAUUGCCGUAAAGUUAGGCGGGUACUGACGUGAGCACUCCUGUCCAUUUUUGUGCUUGCAAGAGCAUCGAGCGAGAGGAAGCCGUAAAGCGAGCUCCAUCUGGCCUGAUGCUGUCUUGCACUAACUGAGAACAGAAAAAAAGAGAAAUGAACAGAAACAGGAAGCCACCCCCCGGAGGCAAAGGCACUGCCACACCUGGACAGCUGGGUUUGCUGAUGGAUUUGUCUCCUGAAAUCAUGAUGGCUCGCGAUGGGGAGGAUGAUAAUGAACUUGAGGCUGAACUCCUGGCUAUUGUUGGAGGACAACCAGAUCAAAAACAGAAACCAAAUGGAAAAACUCCUUUGCCAAUGGAAGCUAUUGAAAGGAUGGCUGCUUUCUGCAUGAAGGACCUUGAUGAAGAGGAUGGGGUAGACGCGGAUGAUUUGGAAGAUGAUGAUGAACUGAUGGCUGAACUCAAUGAAGUCCUUGAGGAAGAUACUGAAACCAAGGGUGCUCCAAUAAUUGCUGCUGCUAAGACAAAUGAUACCCCAACUGAUUCCAGCCAGACUGAAUCCAUUUUGCUAGAAAGGUUGGCCAUGUACAAAGCUGCAGUUGCUAACGCAAAGCAAGCUGGGGAAAGCUCCAAAGUGCGCCGCUAUGAAAGGGGCCUCAAGACUUUGGAAAACUUGUUGACCUCGGUGAAGAAGGGCAAAAAGAUUGAUGAAGAUGAAAUUCCUCCACCAGUAACUACAGGAAAGGCCUUGAAUUCCCAGCAGGGCUCUCCGCCGGAGGCAGCUCCAUCUUCCCAGGCCUCCACCUUGGAUGGAAGUGCUAUUCUAUCUUAUGACCUUUCUCCAGAGUCAGCUUCUGCAGCUCCUGAGCAACCACCCUCUCAAGCACCACCUCUGCCUGAUCUGUCUCCCAAGCAGCCACCACCAGUACUUCCAAAGCCAAAGAUUUCUCCAGCUCCCCGUCUGCCACUUGGAUCCCCAGAGGUUCCGCAAGAAAGAUUGGCCCCUUUCACACCUUCCCCUUCUUUGGAUUCCAGAGGCUCCAGUACCGAGGCGCUCCUGCAAGCCAGACAGCGGGAGUACAAGCUAGCUGCACUAAGUGCUAAACAGGAAGGCAGCAUUGAAAUGGCUACCAAAUAUUACCGCAUAGCCAAGAGCUUUGACCCUAUUUUAGUAUCUGUCAGUAAAGGAGAGGCUGUGCAUCUCAGCCGUCUUCCUCCUCCUCCAGAUCAGCUGCCGAAGGAGAUACUCUCCCCAAGUGUGCAACAGUCACCUGUAGCAACAGCAACGCCUCUUGCACAGUCUGUGUCCCCACCGGCACCAAGAGUCUCAAGUGCAGGAGAUACACCCCCGCCCCCUCAAGAUACGAUGGAGGCACUGCAGCAGCGGAUGGACAGGUACAAGACAGCAGCAGCCCAGGCAAAGAGCCAAGGAGAUGACAGGAAAGCCAGAAUGCACGAGCGGAUUGUGAAACAAUAUCAAGAGGCCAUCAGAGCUCACAAGGCAGGAAAACCUGUUGAGUUUGCUGACCUACCUGUUCCCCCAGGUUUUCCUGCAAUCCAAGGGAUGGAAUCUUCACCAGGAGAUCAGAGCUUUGCGGGGAUCCUCAAAACAGCCAUGAAACUAGCCAGUGAGGAGGAGGAAGAUGCUGAGGAGGCAAAAAAGUCUGACGUCUGCCCUGCAUCAUCCAAACCAGUCAGCUCCCUGCAGCCUAAGCUGCCACCCCAGCCAACCUCACGAGCAGCCCCCGGAGCUCCAAAGACAACUGGGGCGAGUAAAAGUGCCUCAAAGGUCAUCACAAAAGCUCAACAGCAGCUGACCUUCCUGGAAACUCGGAAGAAGCAGCUCAUGCAAGCCGCUCUCAGAGCAAAGCAGCAAAAUGACAUUGAGGGGGCCAAGUUGUUCUUACGCCAAGCCAAGGGCCUGGACCCCAUGAUUGAGGCAUCACAGAAUGGGCUCCCAGUCGACAUAACCAAGGUGCCUCAAGCCCCCGUGAACAAGGAGGACUUCACACUUGUGCAGCGUCGUGGAACCAACAUCUCCCCAGAAAUGGCCGCCCAGUACACUGAGCUUGUGAAACUGAUGAGGCAGCAGCAUGAGAUGUGCAUGAAUUACUCCAAGCAGUUCACCCAUUUAGGAAACAUCACAGAAACUACCAAGUUUGAGAAGAUUGCUGAGGACUGCAAAAAGAACAUGGAGAUCCUAAAGCAAGCCCACACCAAGGGGUUUCCACUGCCCAAAUACCAUUAUGAGCAACGGACUUUCAGCGUGAUCAAGAUUUUCCCAGAAUUGAACAGCAAUGACAUGGUUCUUUCUAUAGUGAAAGGAAUCAACCUGCCAGCUCCUCCAGGCAUGUCUCCGAAUGACCUUGAUGCCUUUGUGCGCUUCGAGUUCCCCUACCCCAAUGCGGACGAAGCUCAAAAAGACAAGACCAAUGUGAUCAAAAAUUCCAACUCUCCUGAAUUCCAAGAGAAGUUCAAGCUAUUCAUUAAUCGGGGGCACCGUGGGCUGAAGAGAGCCAUUCAGACAAAAGGCAUCAAGUUCGAAGUCGUCCACAAAGGAGGGCUGUUUAAAACUGACCGUGUAGUUGGAACAGCACAACUGAAGCUGGAGACAUUGGAGACAGCUUGCGAACUUCGAGAGAUUUUGGAGCUCUUGGAUGGUCGACGACCCACAGGAGGCAAGUUAGAAGUAAUAGUCCGUCUCAGAGAGCCACUGACUUCCCAGCAACUGGAGACAACAACAGAGAAGUGGCUGGUCAUCGAUCCCCUAACUAUGCCGCCAGUUGCACUUCCCAAACCCAAGCCAGCAUUAGCUCCUGUGAAGGAUGCGGGCAGUAGCAAGCCUGUCUGCACUCUGCACAGCUUCAAUGUCCUAGCUUUUGACAAGGAGAGGCUGGAGAAAAAGAUGGCAGGGUACAAGCAGGCUGGUCAACGACUUCCCAGUGAGCUGGUAGAGCAGCACCAGAACGUCAUCCGGAUGAUCCAGUGGCAAAAGUCGCAGCUUCAACAUGGAGGCCCGGCAAUCAUGAAAGAAUACCUGACACAAUUGGAGCGGUACCAGCAAUGGUAUACAGAGGCAGCACGGCGCCUUGGCAAUGAAGGAAAGCGGGAGGCAGCUAAAGAUGCCCUUUACAAGCGCAAUCUGGUUGAGAGUGAGUUGCAGAAGUUUCGCAGAUGAAGGAAGGACGGAAGUGUGAAAGUCCCUAGAAUCUCCUGGCCAAGCAACUGCACUCUCAUACAUGGCCUUCUGCCCAUUGUGGGAGAACUGGGGUUGGGAGAGCCGGGUGGGUAGGGCUGUAUUAGUGCAGAUGGGGCAGUAAUGCUGCAAGGUUACUUUAGCUCAUGGUGCCUCUGGCUGGGGGCUCUUCCUAGAUGUCACUAAGUUAAUAAGAAUGAGCGAAAACUCCCUUAGUUUUCCUAUCAGCAUGGCAGGUUAUGUGACAUUGCCAGACAAAUAGAGACAAUCUAGGUGACUGUUGCUUUUGCAUUCUGUCCUCUGGCUCAGCCACUUUCUCAGGCUGCUGGGCCUUUGUGGAGGAAAGAAAAAAUUCCUCUCUCUGUGUUCUCUCAGCUGUUCUAGCUGCAACGGCUGAGUGCACCCCCAUUUACAAAUCAAAACCAGCUUGAACAGUUGGCUUCCCACCCUCCCCCAAUAGUAUACUGGGAAUUAUAGUUUUGGGAGGGUGCUGAAAAUUCUGAGCCCCUUGAUGGAACUUCAGUUUCCAAAAUUCUUUGAGCCAGAGUUGUGUCAGUUAGGCAGGCUUGCAACUCUUUUCAGCUUGUAGUGUAGACAUCCCCGUAGUUCAUUGCCUUCUUACUCCCAGAGAUGGGAAGGCCCCACAGUAUCCAACAUGUACUGAGGUGACUCAUCUGGGAACUGGGCACCUUCUAAACACAAGGGGUAAUCCUAGUUCACCCCUCAGCCUAUGAGGUCUGCAUUCAGUUCACAGUCCCCUUUGUAGGUCCACCCCAACCACCCUUGCACCAGGCACUUUGCACACCCCUCUCUGAGUUCUGCUUGUUUGCCCUUAUUUUGGUUUCUUCCUUUGGUGGCUGUGGAGAGCCUUUUGACUGACAUGAUCCCGCCUGAGUGGUCAGGAAGACCCAGUUGGAUGCCAUGUGUAAAGUCUUGCUAGCCAGCUCCCAUGAGAACCUAGCCUCUGACCUUACCUCAGGUUUGUUCAGAUCCUUCAGUGGCGAUGGAAGGGCCUGCACAGGUGGCAUCCUUCUUGACCUGCCCUCAGUACAGCCCAUGGCAAGGAAGCAAAUGUACUGAACUUAAUGACUGAGGCUUGCUGCUGGGUCUUUAUCUCUGAGGGUGCUGCCGCUUUUUUAAAAAAAUAUGACUAUUAUUAUUGCUUUUCAACUGCCAAAGGAAGAAAUAUGGGAUUGAGACUUUUGCCCCAUGCUAGAGAAAAACAUAAGAAAUGUCCCCUUCCCUUUGACCUCUAAAGAGCACAGAGCAGGUUUUUCUCCACCAGUGAUGACAUGUUGACAACCAGAUUGAUGGAGCAUUAGCUCUGUUCUGGUGUGCACAUGACUUACGGGAUACAAUCCUUUGGCUGCAGCCUCAAAUGGUUUAGAGCAGUGCUUGAGCUGGCGCCUCCUGGACCUCAUACCCUUUCUGUUUAAUGGGGAAAUGGUGUCUAGUAGCAAGAAUCGCGCAUCCUAUCUAGUCCCUACAGAUGGGGAAGGUAUAUUGCUGUAGCCUGUGGAAUGUGCAUUUUCUGCACUGGGGCACAUCAGUGUGGCCUUGUGGGGACUGGCUCCCCUUUGGCAGCUGGAAAUGUGACCUUUUAUGGAAGUGUUCUGUUUCCUAUAUUAGAUUAAAGACAUUUUAAAGGAUAAGAAAUUAACUCAGGGUUGCUGCUGCUCAGGAUGGAUUAGGUGUUGAGCUGUGGGUUAGAUCUUGCACUGUCUUCCCUGCCCCCCACCUACAUUCCUUUUUAAACCAAAAUUUAACUCCUCCUGCCUGUUGUGGUCAGCCUUUUUUUUCUUACCCCCCUCCUUUAAUCUCCUCCUGGGUAUUAAGGAAAUCAGAUUGUUAUACAAGUGCCUGCCUCUGAGGUUGUUGGUCAACCUGAGCUGUUGAAAGCCAAUGUUAAAAACCAGAAGCUGUGAAUCUGUCUGUUACAGCUUUAUUUUAUGCUUAAAGUGACAUAAAUAUAUAAAGUUUUUAGGAGGAGUUCUAAAAGCCUCUGUAAAAACCAUACUGGAAUCUUGCCCCAGUAAUAAAACCUUGAUGAAACCUC